ACACCCCAGCCUCUGUGCUGUGGGUCCAGAGCCGAGGCCCGAGGGGGCCCUGGAGGGACCCAAUGAAGACACUACUGACCAUCCUGACGGUGGGAUCCCUGGCUGCUCACACCACUGUGAACACAUCCGGUCUCCUUCAACACGUGAAAUUUCAGUCCAGCAACUUUGAGAACAUCUUGACGUGGGAUGGUGGGCCAGCUAGCACCUCUGACACCGUCUACAGUGUGGAAUAUAAGAAGUACGGAGAGAAAAAGUGGCUGGCCAAGGCAGGCUGCCAGCGGAUCACCCAGAAGUUCUGCAACUUGACUAUGGAGACCCGCAACCACACCGAGUUUUACUACGCCAAGGUCACUGCGGUCAGCGCAGGAGGCCCACCGGUCACAAAGAUGACUGAUCGUUUCAGUUCCCUGCAGCACACUACCAUCAAACCACCUGAUGUGACCUGUAUCCCCAAAGUGAGGUCCAUUCAGAUGCUGGUCCACCCCACACUCACACCUGUCCUCUCGGAAGAUGGCCGUCAGCUAACCCUGGAGGAGAUUUUCCAUGACCUGUUCUACCACUUAGAGCUCCACGUCAACCACACCUACCAGAUGCACCUUGAAGGCAAACAGAGAGAAUAUGAGUUCCUUGGCCUGACUCCCGACACAGAGUUCCUCGGCUCCAUCACAAUUUUGACUCCGAUAUUGUCCAAGGAGAGUGCCCCCUACGUGUGCCGAGUGAAGACGCUGCCCGAUCGGACGUGGGCCUACUCCUUCUCGGGCGUGGUGCUCUUCUCCAUGGGUUUCCUCGUUGGCUUGCUCUGUUAUCUGGGCUACAAAUAUAUCACCAAGCCACCUGUACCUCCUAACUCCCUGAACGUCCAGCGUGUCCUCACCUUUCAACCUCUACGCUUCAUCCAAGAACACGUGCUGAUCCCUGUCUUGGACCUCAGCGGCCCCAGCAGUCUGCCUCAGCCCAUCCAGUACUCCCAAGUGGUGGUGUCUGGGCCCAGGGAACCUCCUGGAGCUGUGCGGAGGCAGAGCCUGUCUGACCUCACCUACGUAGGGCAGUCGGACGUCUCCAUCCUGCAACCUCCCAACGUACCAGCUCAGCAGAUACUGUCCCCGCCAUCCUACGCUCCGAAGGCUGUCCCUGAGGUCCAGCCCCCUUCCUAUGCGCCUCAGGUAGCCUCGGAUGCCAAAGCUCUGUUCUACUCCCCACAACAGGGGAUGAAGACCAGGCCUGCCACCUAUGACCCGCAGGACAUUCUGGACAGCUGUCCUGCUUCCUACGCUGUGUGUGUGGAAGACUCUGGCAAAGACUCUACCCCGGGCAUCCUCUCCAGUCCCAAAUACCUCAAGACGAAAGGUCAGCUCCAGGAAGACACACUUGUUAGAUGUCUCCCAGGGGACCUUUAUCUACAGAAAGUCACCUCCUUAGGUAAAGGGGAGGUGCAGAGACCAAAAUCACUCCCCUCACCUCUGGGGUUUUGCACAGAUAGAGGACCUGACCUCCACACACUGCACAGUGAGGAACCAGAGACACCACGGUACCUGAAGGGGGCGCUGUCCCUCCUGUCCUCUGUGCAGAUCGAGGGCCACCCUGUCUCCCUCCCUUUGCACAUCCAUUCUGUCUCAUGUUCCCCCUCAGACGAGGGACCAAGUCCCUGGGGCCUGCUGGACUCCCUCGUGUGUCCAAAGGAUGAGGGUCCCACGGUUGAGACUGAGGCCAUGAGCCCCAGUGCUGCAGCCUCUGAGCUGGAGCAGUCCACAGAACUGGACUCUCUUUUCAAAGGCUUGGCCCUGACUGUGCAGUGGGAAUCCUGAAGGGAGAUUAGAGCAAGCAGGCCAAGGCUUCCUUCUGCCCCACCCACCUAACACCCCCACACCCACUAAGCCACAGGUUCUAGGGCCCAGUCCCGGGUGGGUGCCCUCGAGAGAAUGAGAGGAAGAUUUGGGCCCCGUGUGGCAAUACAAAUACGGUGAAGACUCUGUGGAGAAGCUACAGGUAGGCAGCAUGUGCAAAUGGCCUGUGGCACAGGGCCCAGUAGGCGGGUCACACAGAGUGGGGUAAUGCAGGGAAAUCUGGAGAGCCACCCAGCUCCCUCAACCAAGAGUGAGGCAUUCACUGUCUCUGAAGGAUCUUGGACUGGAAGCUGGGGACCAAGGGUAACAGGCACUUCAGCCAAGGCCAGAGGCCACACAGUGGCAAGGCUUGAGGGCAGAGUGUGGUAGAGGCUCACUCCCAGUCAGGGAACCCUUCUUUGCUCUGCUGUGAGAGGCUUCACCCAGGAGUGACUCCUUAAUCCAGCAGGAGGUGAGGGGUGUUGCAUAAAAGUUUCUGUAGUCAGGCGGCCAGAGAAAAGCAUUUGAAAAGAGCAUGGCACCUUGGAACCCAACCUCAGCUUCCCCAUCAAUGAAAUGGGCAACAUCACACUUACCUUCUGGGGUGGUGUCAAGGAUGACAUUAAUGUCUGGGAAUUGCUUUAUGUCACCCAGCACAUGAGCAGGCUUUUGGCUGCUGUCUCCUGCUGGGAUUUUUUUUUUUUUUUUAAAUCUGGAAACACAAAGAGUACCUCCUAUUCUCAUAUGGUUCAUGGGCGUUUUUUCUCAUGGAUUAGAGACUGUUGCAGGCAAGAACUGGACUAUCUAGGGCAGACAAGACAGAGCCUUCUGGAAACAGGCCCAGAGAAGCAAAGAAUGGCACAGAGCCUUCUCUUUGAGGUUGCAGGUAGAAGCUGUUUGGGCAGAGGCCAUCUCACGGGCCCUUCUCUGCGUGGAGGGAGCCCCAGGCCUCUGCUGUCUGCCCCACCUUGAGAUACAUCAUCAGCAUUGCACCACCCCGGCCCUCUGGCCCCUGCCUGCACACAGCCAGGAGAAGCCUUUACUCUCUGCUGUCAGGAAGCUGUGUGUGUCAUAUCACUCUCAGAUGGGCUUUACCAGGAGGAAGCCAAGCCAAUGCAGGGCUCUGCUGUGGAGUCCACAACUCAAACACAGGGCCUUUGUGCCAAGGGCGGAUGCUCUCCGCCCUGUUUGAAUUCUUGGGGGCUGAGUUUGGCAGGACACAAAGUAGGGGGGGCCCCAAUGGGGUUCCUGAGAGAUAGGUGCCCUCCGUAUCACCUCCUUGACCCAGAUUUCUGAGACGCAACACCAGACUCCAUUUGCGUCAUCGCGGCCCUCCGGAGGUACACUGUGUCAUUCCGCUGUGUUCACCUGUGUUUCCCCUUCUUUUCCCCACUGGAUCCCCUUAAUGACACACAGUGACAGGUGGGCCUCUUAUCUACAUGUCAUUAAUAUUUAACCUCCCUCCAAGGUCAUUGACUCCGUAUCUCAGGCCAAAGGUUAACUGUCUUUACUUUGUUUACAACCGAUGGUCUGUUCUCGCAGGGUCAGUACAACCAGGGUUACAGAGCACUUUUAUAGAAGGCCAUAAACUGGCUGUCAGCUCCCAGGGCUAUAAGUGUGGCAACCAGGGCAAAAAUGAGGGAGAAGCUGGAGUGUCUGCGGAAGAGCCCUGCAGCCUCCUUCUGAGAGCCUCUCUCGGAGAGACCACCGCAUGCCUCCCCUGGCAUCCCAGGCCCAUAUCUGGGCUGGAUCCUCCCUGCUGCAAGACAGUCUGUCAGAGUCUCACCAGGGCUGGAUGGUAAGCUUGGCUUUUCUGAGAGCCUGACACACUGAUCCAGUAGCCUGGAAGCUCUCCAGCCCUGCCUGCUGUGCCCUGUCCCACCCAGGAGUCUCCAAAUCUCCUGUCUAACAAGGAAAGCCAGAGCCAGGGGUGGGGAAGAAUAGUGACCUUAGCAUCCCCCCAACCUUAUCCUCCAGGACCCCUGUCCAGUCGGAACUCACAAGCCAUGCAGAGACAAGGAGAGCUGUGGCUGCAGGCCAACACAAAUAGUAGACUCACCUAAAAUGGCAUGGUUGGGGGGUUGGGGGUUGUUUUGUUUUGUUUUGGUGAUGCAGUUGUCUGGCUUUCCAAGUGUGAAGAUGUCAGUUUUGUAUCCAGACGAUGCUUGAAGCCACAGAUGCCACUGAGCCUGCAGAUGCUCUGCUCUGUGAUAAAGCUUAAUCUAUAAACCAGGCAGGAAGGGGCAAACAGGGCGCAUAACAGAAUGGCAACUGUAGCAAAUGCAGCAAAGGUUACUUGAACACAAGUACUUAGAUACUAAAAACCAGUCUGGCUGAAUGAUGUGGUGUGUAACAUACAGAGUGGAGGACAAGGUACAUCUGUGGCUGGAUGAAACAGGACAGCAGCUGGGAUGGGCAUGGAGAGAGAGAGAGAGAGAGAGAGAGAGAGAGAGAGAGAGAGAGAGAGAGAUCCUUGCUGUGUUGAGAGUCAGAACUCUGAGGUCCCUAACCCACACACCCAGCCCCUGCUACUUCUGCCCGUCUUUCCUUUGGUUAUAAGGAGGAAGGAGACCUGGAAGCUUCCCCUGCUGGGUGUGAAGGAGGAAAGCAGGCAGAAUGAACCAAAGUGAGAACUACAGAGCGCAGAAAGAGACUGAAGAAGACCCAGAAUCUCAGAGGACUAGCAGGAAGGAGACAUCUAGGUAGGCAAGUCUCCAUGGCAACCCGAAGUUGGUGCCAUCAGCCAUGGACAGUUGGGUUGUAGACUGAGUUGCUUAUAGAAGAAGCCCUUGGUUUGGUCCAAGAAAAUAAAAGACAAAUAAAGGAAGAAGGAAAGAGGAGAAAGAUGGAAAUAGAAUUGAGAUGCUGAGCCAAGCAUUUCCUACAUUUGAUUACAAUUUAGUCUCACAGCCACUCAGCAAGACAGGUGGCCAUAGUGUGUGUGUGUGUGUGUGUGUGUGUGUGUGUG